AAGUCUGUGGCGACAUAUUUUCGUGAAGAUGCAUAUUUGUUUGAGAGGCCAUAAAGGUGCCUUCGUCAUAGCGUGCUUGUACCAGACAUUAGGAUUCCUAAUCAGUCUCAGAAGUCAGCCACCGCUUCAGGUCUUAACAGAUUCGGAAUCAAAGAUCAGCAUGGGUAGGGUUAUCCGUGCCCAGAGAAAGGGAGCAGGGUCUAUCUUCAAAGCCCACAACCACCACAGGAAAGGAGUGCCCAAACUGCGAAAUCUAGAUUACAGUGAACGCAAGGGCUAUAUGAGGGGACUUGUGAAGGACAUCAUCCACGACCCAGGCAGAGGAGCUCCAUUGGCAGUGGUGGAGUUCAGAGAUCCAUACCAGUAUCGGAAGAGGAAAGAACUCUUUAUCGCUUCAGAAGGUCUCUUCACUGGUCAGUACAUCUACGCUGGAAAGAAAGCGGCUCUAACCACUGGAAAUAUCCUCCCAAUCGGAAACAUCCCAGAAGGAACACUCGUUUGCUCAGUGGAAGAAAAGACCGGAGAUAGAGGAAAACUAGCCAAAGCUUCUGGAGAUUUUUGUGCAGUAAUUUCACAUAAUAGUGACACGGGAAAGACGAGGAUCAGGAUGCCAUCUGGAUUGAAAAAAGUUAUUUCAUCUAAGAACCGAGCAAUGAUCGGGAUAGUAGCUGGCGGUGGUCGAACUGAGAAGCCUCUUCUGAAAGCAGGGCGUGCUUACCACAAGUUCAAGGUGAAGAGGAAGUGUUGGCCUGUGGUGAGGGGAGUGGCCAUGAACCCCGUGGAACAUCCCCACGGAGGAGGAAACCACCAGCAUAUUGGCUCACCCAGCACUGUAAAGAGGUCAACACCUCCGGGUCGCAAAGUGGGUCUGAUAGCAGCCAGAAGAACUGGUCUGAUCCGAGGAGGCAGGAAGGAGAAAUUAGCCGAGAAGGAGUGAACAAAAAAGUAAACAAACAACAAUUGGGAUGAAGCCGGAAACUGAGCUGAUGAUAUUUGUUUUGGUUGCUUAGUUGUUGAUUGAUGAAUGGUUUAAAGUUAAAGUUGAGCCAAUAGAUUUU